UACUCCAUCCCCCUUUUCUCUCUCUCCCUCACACACUCCCUCGUUCUUUUUAGCAGCAAUAUACAGGCCGGCCAUAUUAGAGAGAUGGAAAUAAAGCUUCCUUAAUGCCGUGUGUGUCAUUGCAGUACACCCGUGUAUCCUAUUUAUUUUUUUUUUGGCCCCUAACAAUUCCUCCCGCGUAGCCCUCAGCCGCCCUUGCCCACAUCCCAGUGCUCCCAGGCUCUGGAAAUGCACAGACAUGCCUGGCUCCCUCGCCCUGCCUUCGGCCUCACAGGGCUCGGUCUCUUUUUCUCUCUGGUGCCGCCAGGGCGCAGCAUGGAAGUCACGGUGCCCACCACCCUCAACGUGCUCAAUGGCUCCGACGCCCGCCUGGCCUGCACCUUCAACUCCUGCUACACUGUGAACCACAAGCACUUCUCCCUGAACUGGACCUACCAGGAGUGCGGCAACUGCUCUGAGGAGAUGUUCCUCCAGUUCCGCAUGAAGAUCAUCAACCUGAAGCUGGAGCGGUUCCGGGACCGCGUGGAGUUCUCGGGGAACCCCAGCAAGUACGACGUGUCCGUGACGCUGCGGAACGUGCAGCCGGAGGACGAGGGCCUCUACAGCUGCUACAUCCUGAACCCGCCCGACCGCCACCGCGGCCACGGCAGGAUCCAGCUGCGGGUCCUCAUGGAGGAGCCCCCCGAGCGGGACUCCACGGUGGCCGUGGUCGUGGGCGCCUCGGUCGGAGGCUUCCUGGCCGUGGUCAUCUUGGUGCUGAUGGUGGUGAAGUGUGUGAGGAGGAAGAAGGAGCAGAAGCUGAGCACCGAUGACCUGAAGACAGAGGAGGAGGGCAAGACGGACGGCGAGGGCCACGCUGAGGACGGUGCCAAGUAGCGGCGGCCGGCGCCCCCGCACCCCAUCCCCGCCCCCGCUCUCCUGUACAGUGUGCCCCCCGCCUCGGUGUGUGCUUCUCUUGGACCAGGUCCCAGGGCCGGCCUGCGCCCCCCAACCCCUCACUCUGUCCCCCACUGCACCAGUCACCCACCUCUCUCAUGGGAGAAACCCGCCGUGGAGUAUGGGGUGUGAGGGCCCUGGAGGAGGGAGAAGGGGUCCUGCUGCCCCUGAGAGGAGGGGAGGCCGUGUGAGCGCCCCAGGGGGCGGGGGGGGGGAGUUGAGGAGGGGUCCAGCGGUCUGCCUGCUCUCACGGGACUCAUCUGGGGGCAGCUUCAGAGGCACCUGUGGGUGGCGGGGCUUCCCUGAGCUGUGUGCUCCUGCGGCCAGCCCUGCAGGCUGGGUGCUGAUGGCUCCUGGAGACCGGAGUGGGCACGAGCAAGGGCAUCGAAGGGAAGCCGAGAUGGAGGCGAGUGGAGACGCCGGUCCGGGAGCCCAGCUCCGCCCUCUCCUCCGUGGAUGAACUCUGAAACUGGUGGUUUCUGUUGGCUGUGAUGCUGGGGGUUUUGGUGAGAACAGUACGGAAGGGCCAGGAGCUGGUCACGGUCAGUCACGGUCACGGGCGGGCGUGUGCUCCAGGUGGUGGUCAUUUCCUGCCACCAGAGUGCCCACCAGCAGGAGGCACAUGUCAAUGAGUGGAGGGAUGGGGAGGGGGCGCCAGUGAGCUGGGCCCAGGGCGCAGGGUGAGGGACCGGCCUCACAGCCCAUCCCAGGCCCCCAGCAGUUUCCUCGGGCUCCACUGGAGCGAAGGGAAGGCCUGAGGGAGGCGUGAGGUGAGCCGUGACCACGGCCACGUCCGGUCUAGAGCUGGGCUGCACCUCCCUCAGUGGCUCCUGGGGAAGAAGGGGCGUCUGUGGGAGCCAAUCUCCCUCCACGUUACUCACAUUGAGGGGAAUCUCAGGAGAGGGAGACGAGGUGAGAGGCCUUGGGAGACCCUCAGAGGCCAACGAGCCACAUCACUCCUACUGCACACAGGGAAAUUGAGGCUCAGGCGGACGGAGUGAGGGCCCUGUCACCUCCUCUGGCUGCCAACCUCCAGUUUGAAUGAACAGCCAUUGUUGUCCUGGCGGGAGAGGAGGGGAGGGGGUGCCCUGCUCCUCCCCCCGAGAGGGGAUGCCCGCGGCAGGGGUGGGGGGAUGCCCGUGGCAGGGGUGGGGUGUGGGAAUGAGGACAGAGCCGCUGGCAUGCCCCUCCCCUGCCCCAGGUGGGCCUCCUCCUGGGGUCCCGGGAGCCCAGGUCCUGUGCAGACUCAGGGAGGCAGAGCUCAGGGUGGGAAGGAGCCUGGGGGAGGGGUGGGGACAGGACAGUGACAGUCUCAGGGACCACUCUCUGCCUCUGCCCGUCAGAUGGCCAAUCAGGGGAGUGAGCAUCUGGGAGGCUCAGUUUAAUUCACUUCCAUUUAACAUCCGUUUACUGAGUAUCUGCUGUGUGCCAGGCCUGUGUAGGUGCUGGUGUUGUACACAAAGCCAUACGGAGCUGGGAGCCGCCAGGCCAGCACAGGUGGGGGUGGGGGGGCAAGAUUAAUUGUUGUUGUGCAUCUAAUUCCAUUUGUGCAGCCGCUGCUGCCAGGGCUGGAGUUAGGGAAGAAGGAAGAGAGUCCAGGGAAGGGGGCUGGGGGCCGGGCACAGGGGGUGUGGGCCACCAGCCCGGUGCGUCCUGGGUGGGGUGGGUCCAGCCCACCGGGAAAUUCUAACUCUUCUGCUCAGUACCUAACUGCCAAUCAACACACUGCCAACGGGGUGGGCUAAGCCCCCAGAAGGCCCGGGGCAGGCGGCAUGGCCCAUCUUUCAAGCCAACCAGCCGAGAGGGGGGAGGUGGGUGGGCGCCUGGUGCCGCUGGGACCAGGGGUGGCGGGAUGCUUCUUCAGUCCGCAGACGUCGCUUUUGGGCCACCUCUCGAGGCCCCUCUCCUGGAUGAGUGAGGAUCUGUGCUGGGCCGGGACUUCCCCUUUUCCAGGACUCAUCACAUUCCGAGAACCAUUGUCAGGUUCCCUGGGUUUAUUCUAAGGAAUCCCAACUCCCCAUAACGUAGCCCAGGAUGUCUGGGGGCCCAGGGAGGGCCAGUCUUCUCCAUGGCCUCAGGGCCGAGCAGAGGGGGAUGGGCCGGAACCACCUUUGCCCCAGGCGCCCACCCUGAUAGGCACUUUAUCCUCCAGCCCCUUAGGACCCCCUCCACGAGUCUCCCAGAGCCGCCUCCGGGCACUGAGGUUGGGGACAAGCCAGCUCCUGUGAGUGGAGGUGGGAACCCGAGGUUCCCGCCGCCUGCUCUCCCCCUUGCUGUCCUUCAGGCCAGCGAGAGGUUUCUUCCUCUGCUCUGUGGGCCCCAGGCCCCCUGUGGCUGCAUGUCCCCUCCCUGCGCGCUGCUGGGGUUAGUCCGCUGGUUUCUCCACUGCCCCCUUUCCUGCUCUCCGAACCCCCAUCUGUCUCUUCUCCCUAAUGAAGGGCCGUCAUAAGGAGAGAAGGGCCGGCCGACCGGGACUUAGCUUAAAGAACAAAGCACAAUCAUUCAGGACUGACACGCCUCUCGGGGCCUUGGAACUGGCUUUGGAUGUAUCCGCUGCCCUAGGUGUGGACUGCUCCCACCCGCGCUCCAUCGGUCACCAGGGAGGGCUGGACCGCAGUGCUUCCGAGGCCAGGGCAGGCAGGUGGACAAUCGCAAAUGCCGGCCAGGUCCACAGGACAGCCUGGUCAUAGGAGUGGCCGGGGCAGUUGGAACGGGUGAUGAAUCAAGAAAUUCUCCUUCCUGCUUCUGUUCUAAGGACAGACAGCCGCGUCCCCCGCUGUGCCUCUCGCGGACGUCUUCUUUAUUAAAGCCUGCUGAUGCAUUUUACAGUCUCUAUAGGUGUAGGCAUAUUAUAUAGACAAAUACACAGAUCACACCUCUCACUACGUCCACCCCAAAAGCAACGCUGGGGAGGGAAACAAUCAUUUCUCAGUGUUUUGAGUUAAUUCACGAAAGGCAAGUGAUGGAAUGCGUUUCCUGCUCUUUGCGCACUUGGAGGGGAAAACUCAGCUACUGGCGCACUUCAAGGUUCCACGGGCCCCACGGUGGGUGGGUGAGGUGGUGGCGAGCAGCUCGCACGGUGCCCUGUGGCCCGGCUGGCGGCGCGUCUGCUUUUUGGAGCAGCCUGAGUCCCGCAGCUCGUCCUCUUGGGUGGAUCGAUUGCGACAAUAAACAGAUCAUCUUCCCUGAA